CUUCGAAUGAAGAAAAUAAAAUGAUGAAAUCAAUAUUAGAAACAACUAAACAAGUGUUGACGCAAAAUAUUUCAAUUAUAGAAAAACAAAAAGCUCUUGAGGGUAUGAUUACUCAAUUAGCCAAUGAUAUCAAAACUUUACAAUCUAUACAUGAAAACUUCAAGUCAAAUAUGGGAGAUCGUGAUAAUUGGCUUUAUCCCAACGAUAAAAUCUAUGAACAGGCUAUUCGACAAGAACUCGAAACUCUUUGUCCCGAUAAAAUGGGCCGGUAUAAGAGAGAUAUUAGCACUGAAUCCUGCAAAUACCGUGGUGCUUUAUUUGGAUCCUUUCGACGUGCUAUAUUUGAUCACGUUUUUAAAAAAAAAAUUUCACCAACCGUUAAUUCUGAAAGUUCAGAAUCUGAUAUAAUUGCUUGGAAAGAGAGCGGAGAAGUCCAAUGGUGCUUGGAAAAUUUGGAUA